UCUGCUCCGCAAUAAAAUGCCUCUCGAGUUGUAACUUUGCGACACAGUCGUAGCCCUCUCUUCCUCAAAAGCUGAAACCGGCGGCCAUCCUUAGUCUCUUCAGCUAUCACCGAGAUGAGGCCGCCUCAGAGAGGUCGUGGGGGCGGGGGAUUUAGGGGCGGAAGGGGUGAUGGAGGGAGAGGAAGAGGGAGAGGUGGAGGUGGAAGAGGUAGUGCCAUGGGUGGCCGUGGUGGUGGACGUGGUGGUGGUGGUGGCCGUGGCGGAAGAGGACGAGGCGGCGGCGGUGGUAGAGGCGGGAUGAAAGGCGGAAGCAGAGUUGUGGUUGAGCCUCAUAGACAUGAGGGGGUGUUCAUUGCUAAGGGCAAAGAAGAUGCUCUCGUUACGAAGAAUAUGGUCCCUGGAGAGGCUGUCUAUAACGAGAAGAGAGUCUCUGUGCAGAAUGAAGAUGGAAGUAAAGUGGAAUAUAGAGUGUGGAACCCCUUCCGAUCAAAGCUGGCAGCUGCCAUUCUUGGUGGGGUUGAUGAGAUAUGGAUUAAACCUGGUGCUCGGGUUCUCUAUCUGGGAGCUGCUUCUGGGACCACAGUAUCUCAUGUUUCCGACAUUGUUGGCCCUACAGGAGUGGUGUAUGCUGUGGAGUUCUCCCAUCGAAGUGGGAGGGACUUAGUCAACAUGGCAAAGAAGAGAACCAACGUUAUUCCAAUCAUUGAAGAUGCUAGACAUCCAGCCAAGUACCGUAUGUUGGUUGGAAUGGUGGAUGUAAUAUUUUCCGAUGUUGCUCAACCAGAUCAGGCAAGAAUUUUGGCUCUAAAUGCGUCAUAUUUUCUCAAGGCUGGAGGUCACUUUGUCAUCUCAAUUAAGGCAAAUUGUAUCGAUUCUACUGUUCCAGCCGAGAUAGUAUUUUCCCAGGAAGUGAAGAAGCUGCAGGCUGACCAGUUCAAGCCCUUUGAGCAAGUUACUCUCGAGCCCUUUGAGCGAGACCACGCUUGUGUCGUCGGUGGCUAUCGCGUGCCGAAGAAACAAAAAGCUGCUCCUGCAUCAUAAGAAGUCUCGGACUGCCGUAGUAGUUCAAUCUCCUAUCACUUAGUUUCUCUGGGUGCACUUGAAUGUCAGUUCUUUAUGUAUCUCUUUCUUAGAUUGGAACUCUAAUGUUUUCAAUAUUUUAGGUGGGCUCGUGUAAUAGACCAAUAUUCUUAAAUGCGUUUGGAUUUUUCCACCUUAAGGCCAGUAAUUCGGUUGUUA